UGUUAGCACUGCCAUUGAAUUGACGAUGAAGCUUGACUACAUUGUAAUCCCUCUCUCAUCAUCAUCGUCCCCGCAAAGACCUGCUCUUAGAUAUCGAUUUGUGAUCAUGUCUCUUCUUUCUGUGUCUCUCUCCCUCCAUCUCACCCUCUCUCGCUCACCCUUCUUUUUGAGCUCUCUUAAGUCUGUCUUGUUUAACUUGUUCGGGCAGAGCUCUAAAGCAAGCAUGCUUCACUGACUGGCACGCCGUUUUUGACGCUUCUGCGCAUGACGUGAAAUUGUAAAACACCACUUGGGUGUUUUUUCUUCUCCUUUCUAUCUUUUCAUUGCCCCUUCCUCUCCAUCUCAUAAAAGCUAGUGCUACAUCACUUAAUGAAGCGGCAAAAGUUGUCUCAUUUAAAUAAGCGUUUGCUUCCUUGUCACCAUCAUUAUCUAAUGGUGCAGUUGCUGAAUAGCAAGGUGUCAAAUAUGGCUUGGUGAUAUUUUAUCAAAAACUUUGGAUAUUCGAGUCAGUAUAUCGAAGUUCAAAUUUGUGGGCCUUUUUUAAAGCAAGGGCCUUUUUCGCGUAGCUAACCGACUUUUAGAAUUUUUGCCGACCUCUUGAAAAUGAUGACGACGACGGAUGUGAUGUCGGAGCCGAGAUCGGACAAUGAAUCGGUGGAUUUUAGCGGUGAUAAUAUGUCAGGAGAUGACAUGGACGAAAGAGCAUCACUAGACUCUUGUCGUGAUGAUCAACAAUCACCGUUAUCAGUGUCAUCACCACCCCUUCAUCCUCAUCAUCACAACGAAAAUUAUCACCAUCUUCAUCAUCAUCAUCUUCAUCACAACAAUCAUCACUUUGAACACAACUUCCCUGUUGGUCACGCACCUGUCUUGAUACCCACACCACACCAACACCUCAUCGAUCACCGAAACGAAAGUCACCCGGCAUCGUCUUCGAGCACAACCAGGGCUUCGUUUUCCAUCGCAAACAUCCUCAGUGGUGAUCAUACUUCAACAUCGAACUCGAAAACCGAAUCAAAACUUGACAACGACAUCACAGACAAGAACAACAAUAAUAACGAAUCAAGAUUAGAGCGUUCUCAUGGAAAAUCUGAAAAUGAGGACUUGUCGAAAUCAAAAUCAUCAUCAAUGCCAACUCGUGGCGUGGUCAGACCUGAAAGGGAAGGUGGAGUUGGUGUAGGUUUGGUGAGACCGACAGCGGUGCGCGAGCUCGGGCCCGUUCCACCCAUUGGCCCGAUGAUGCCGAAUGGUCUGAACGCAUCGCCGCUAGCAUCUCCGCUGGCUGAAUACCACUACCAGCUAGGUGUACCUCACUCAUUGACGGCAGCGGCUGCUACUCCGUGGUCACCGUGGUGCCAGCCCGCUGGCUUCGGGAGGCCUCCCGUAUCAGGUCCUAAACCAGUUGGAAGAAGACCGAGGAAGCCGGGAGUUGAUCGGAAACCUCGACAGGCCUAUUCAUCCAAACAACUUGAACGACUUGAAGAAGAAUUCAAAGCUGACAAAUACCUGAGUGUAAGCAAGAGGUUGGAGCUGAGCAUGUCACUCAAUCUCACUGAGACACAGAUUAAAACAUGGUUCCAGAACAGACGAACCAAAUGGAAGAAGCAGAUGAUGGCACGAUUAAAGAUGGCCCACCGCCAAGGGCUUUGGGCGUCACCUUUCAUGCCCACCUGGUUCGGAUCGGCACUGGCGUCUUAUCCUGCAGCGGCUGCAGCAGCUACCUAUGGUUCUCUCCUUGCUGCUCCGAGACCAGUAAUGCCUGGAGGAGUUGGUCCAGGACCAGGCCAACAGCCGAUGCACCUAUCAAUGCAGCCACACCCAACGCCACACCCGUCCUCCAUAGCCGCACCCACCCCUCUCCAUAUUGCUACGUCAUCUAGUUCGCCUCGUGGUUUACUGGCGCCUCAGCAGUGAACUGGAGGCAAUAUGAAUCAUAAAUCCAGGCGAUUUUGUAAAUUCCUUACCAAUUUUUUAUUUUCAGUUAUGUAUCAUUUUAUAACCAAAUUGGGUCACGUUGACCACACAUCACCUUUGUAAAUUACUAUAACAGCCUAUUGUACUUGCCAUGUAUUCAUGUUUGAAGCUUAGUGUCCAAUAAUCCUGCUUAUGAUAAGUGAAUUGUAGAAAUCAAAAAUUAUAUCUCUGAUCGGCAUGUUGGAUAAAGAUACAGACCAAAACAACCACAAUUUUCGUACUUGACAUCAUAGAA